AUGAAACCUGGGAGUCAAGAGAAGAGGGUCAUCGACCUCACUAAUCCCGGUCUCGCUGAUAAUGCGGUUAAAAGCGUCCAGUCUCUCUCGGCGGAAGGACGGCAGGCGCUCGAUCAGUUCAAUAACAUUGAAGGGGAUAUAUCGGACCAGGUGGACCUUUCGGAUGAGGUUAUUGAGGGAUUCGCCGACAAGUUCGGACACGCUGCGCUUUACCUCCAGGUAGAGCAGCUACGGCGGUCUUCGGAUCCUACCGAGGACACGUUGCUGGGUCCCUUGAGGGUCCUCGAACGUUUUCAAGCGGUUACUGGUGCACCUGCUAUCACCCAUGAGGAAGUAGAGAAAUUGCGUGAGCAACUCCGGCGUUCUGCUUUGUCGGCAUUCACUCAAAGCCGGUAUGCUGAUGUUUUAUUACACGCUUCGGAAUGUUAUAAGCUUACGAAGAAUUAUUUGUCGAAGAUUGGAGGCACAGCACUCCACGGAGAUUUGGCGUUUGAGCUGUUUCUGCUAGCCCGUAGCUGUGCCAUGACGGGUUAUUUGGAAAAGGGAGAGAAAUAUAAGAAGGAGCUAGAUUAUCUGAUACAGAAUACGAUACGUUAUAUUGCAGCGGAGACGUUGAAAUCGGAAAAUGACGGUCCUGAUCGUAUCAAGGAUGCCUGGCUAAAACUAGGCAGUCACGACGAGUCGUCAGUGGGUCCAAUGCUGAAAACGGAGCCGUCCGUUUUCUUGGCCAUGCUCCGAGAGGUCGCUGAUUUGUCUGUGGUGUAUGGAGAGUACGAGACGGCGGACAUGUACUAUGAACGUCUUGUAGUUUUUCAUGAAUACCUUUACGGCCCCGUGAACCCUAUCACGGCGGAUGCCGCCAACGACGCCGCUCGGCAUUUUUUUGAAUGCCGAGACUUCCAUAAGGCGGCCAAGUAUUCUGAGAAAUGUUUGAAAAUCAGGAUUCAAGUGUUUGGAGACGUGGAUGCCCCUAAUCCUAAUCAUCUAGUGGCUGAUGCAUAUAGCAAUAUCGGUAUCAUUUAUCGCUUGCUAGGUUAUCCGCAGGAUUCCUUGAGUGCUCUUUUAUCCGCUUUGGAUCUUCGAAUGAGGCUGAACGAAGGAGAUCGCGGUGCACUGGAAUGUCAAAAGACAAUGCUCUCUAUCGCGAUCCUGUGUCAUCAGUAUGGACAGUAUCGUCGUGCGCUCGAGCUGUACAAGGAGGUUUUUGAGCAGAUCCGGAAGUUCAAGGGGUAUCACAGCUCCGAAGUCACUAAGAUAAUUCAGCUGAUGGAUGCGCUUUCCCGGGACAUAGCGGCCGCCACCAACGGAGGUCCCCUUUCAUCCGGCACAAAUAUCGAGGGAGCACUCACGUUGUCAGUGGCAGACCCCCGCAUUGAUCCCCGAACUGGUCUGAAGCCUUUGCUGUGGAACGAGAGCAUAGUCCCGUCCCUGAAUGCCUACCGGGCGUACAUGGAUGUGAGGGCGGCGGGCCCGUCAAAAUCGUUCGGUUUGGCGCCUACGCCGGGCAUCAGCAAAAUGCGAGCAUUGUUUGCGGACGAUCUUAGAGGCAUUGAUGUCCCGUCGACGGCUCUGCUGCCAUUUGUUCGGAACAGCUUCGUCUCGCCGGAGAUGCUGCAAUUCAUGAACUAUCUUCGCAGCUUUGGCUUCUUGUGCAGCGACGAUCCGUUUGUGCAGGGGCGACGUAAGUGCCCGGUAAUCAACCUACCCAAGACGAUUGGAGGCUACCCCGUCUUCCAGUCCAAUACGCAGUCGAAGGUGGUUAUGGAGGUCAACCCCGCUGUACCGGCGUAUUGCCUCGAGUAUCGCUUGCCUGAACCUUCGGUCUCGGAGGAUGGCAUCGUCUUUGUCACGAGCCUAGGACAGUGGCACCAGAAGGUCUUCUUGCCUGUGCUGGAUCCGCGCGAGAACCGCUACCUGGUGGGACUGAACGGGGUGCCGCUGAUGGUGGUUCUCCCUCUGGAGUUUCCGGACGAGCCGGAGGUCGACCAGGAGAACGCGCCGGUUGUUCCCAAGAAGGCGACCGACAGUGGCGACGUCGUCGUAAAGGUAUCGGCCCCGAAAGCAGACGAAGCGGCUGCGAAAAAGACUCUGCCCAAAGGCGGGGCUGCCAAGAUCGAGGAAAAAACGGCGGAUGUCGCAGCGAAAAAGGUCCUGCCCAAAACCGGCGCCGCCCCCUCCACCGACAAGAAGGAAGAGGCGGCCAAGCCCGCAGGACCAGCCAAGCCGGCAGGACCCGCCAAGCCUGCAGGACCCGCCAAGCCUGCAGGAUCUGCCAAGCCCGUGGAACUCAAGUUACCGGCCAAAAAGGCUGAUACCGGCAUCAAAUCGCUUCCUAAGCCUGCCCCUGCCACCAAAGCCGUGCUACCUAAGCCCACCGCCGCCGCCAAGCCUGCUGAGGCCAAGGCGACUGCGAAAGCCGGCUUGCCUAAACCGGCUGCGGCCAAAACCGCGGACGUUGGAGCGAAGCCCACGAAGGACGCAAAGCCGAAGGAGACCAAAGCCAUGAUGAAACCUGCGUCGAAGGUGAAGGGCACACCGGCGAAAACUCCGGAGAAGCAGCCCGCCGAGGGCAAGACGGUCCCCAAGGCAAAGGGGACGCCGAGUCCCGUUGGGGCCAAAACGCCCGCCGCCGCGGACGCGGUGUCAAAGACCAAGACGCCCCUUCCGAAGGUGAAGGGAGCACUGCCCGAGACCAAAGUAAAGACCGAGGCCAAGGUCAUGACCCUGGCUAAGGGCAAGACUGAUUCCAAGACCGAAGGUAAGGUCAAGACUGAAUCCAAGGUCAAAACUGAAUCCAAGGUCAAUAUUGGAUCCAAGGUCAAGGCCGACUCCAAGGUCAAGGCCGACUCCAAGGUCAAGGCCGACUCCAAGGUCAAGGCCGACUCCAAAGUCAAGGCCGACUCCAAGGUCAAGGCCGACUCCAAGGUCAAGGCCGACUCCAAGGUCAAGGCGGACUCCAAGGUCAAGACAGACUCCAAGGUCAAGACAGACUCCAAGGUUAAAUUGGCUGUGGAAAAGACGCCCUCGGCCAAAGCGGAAUCUCCGGAGUCUAAGGCCAAAGGGGCCAAAAGCCCCGGAAAGAAGGGAAAGGACUCGCCAAAGGGUGACAAGGCCGCGGUUGGAGUCUCAAAGACUGGCAAAUCUGCGAAGGCCGCAAAAGGCACCGCUAAGGGCAAGGUCACUAGCACGGUCAAGACUAUCAAGGGGGCGACACCGAAACAAGGGAAGGCUGGCAAAGCUGCUAAAGGGUCUUCCAAGGUUGCGAAGGGCUCACCGAAGGCGGCCAAGGCUGUCAAGGGUGCCAAGCGCUCACCCAAGGCUGCCAAAGGCACGCCGAAGAGUGCCAAAGGUUCGCCCAAGACUGCCAAGGGCUCGCCGAAAGCUGCCGAGGGCUCCUCGAAGGCCGCCAAGGGCUCACCCAAGGCUGCCAAGGGUUCACCGAAAGCAGCCAAAGGCACGCCGAAGGGGGCGAAGGGUACGCCGAAGGCUUCUAAAGGCUCGCCGAAGUCGUCUAAAGGUUCACCGGAAGCUACCAAGGUAGCCGUCAAAGGUUCUCCAAAGGCUGCCAAAGCCGCUAAAGGGUCUCCAAAGAGUGCUAAAGGUUCCCUGAAGACUACCAAGGAUACGCCUAAGUCGGGGAAGAAAUCCAAGGGCGGCAAAGCCGGAAAGGAGUCGACUAAAGCUUCCAAGUCACCGAAGACGGCGAAAGCUGGAAAGGCUACCAAAGGAUCUCCGAAAGGAUCUAAGGAGACAGCGGAGCCGGUGAAGAAGUCGCCGAAGGCUGCGAAGGCGGGAAAGGGCUCUCCUGGUAAGGCUGCGAAAGCAGCUGGAAAAAGCCCCAAAGCUUCCAAGACAUCACCGGCCAAGGCACCCGCGGCGGCAGCCGCCCAGGAGGAGCCAGGUAAAACGAAGUAUGGAGGUGAGAAGCAAGUCACCAUCAAGGCAGGCAAGGCUGCUGGGAAGGGUGCGAAGGGCCCGAAGACGAAGAAAGACACCGCGGCCAAGACCGCAAAGGUGAAGAAGAUGAAGGUGCCGAACGUCAAGGCGGCCCUGCUACUGACAUCCGAGGAUGACAUGGAUUCGGAGGAAUCAUUUAGGACUCCUCGGAUCGCUAAUGUGGUCUGUUACCAUACUAUGCCGCCUCUUCUAAGCCCCUCUUCAUCUCCAAAGGCUGGCAAGUCCCCAAAGCCUGGCAAGUCUCCCAAGGCUGGCAAGGUGCCAAAGGGGGCGAAGACUCCCAAAGGUGGCUCACCAAAGGGCUCGAAAGCGUCCCCGGGGAAGUCUAAGGGUUCCAUCCCACCAGGAGUGGGUGGCAAAAGUCCAAAGGGAUCGAAAGCAUCCCCGGGAAAGGCGAAGGGAUCCAUGCCACCAGGAGGGGGUGGCAAGGGUCCAAAGGGACCGAAAGAGUCCCCAGGGAAAGCUAAGGGAUCCAAGCCACCAGGACUGGGUGGCAAGAGCCCAAAGGAUACGAAAGGGUCCCCGGGGAAGUCUAAGGGAACCAUGCCGCCCGGCUUGAGUGGCAAGAGUCCAAAGGGCUCGAAAGGGUCCCCGGGGAAGUCCAAGGGAGCCAUGCCGCCCGGCUUGGGUGGCAAGAGUCCAAAGGGCUCGAAAGGGUCCCCGGGGAAGUCUAAGGGAGCCAUGCCGCCCGGCUUGGGUGGCAAAAGUCCAAAGGGCUCGAAAGGAUCCCCGGGGAAGUCACCAGGUCCAAAGGGUGCGAAGAGUCCGAAGUCUGCGAAGACCCCGAAGGGUUCCCCAAAAGGGUCCCCAAAGGGUUCGCCAAAGGAAUCGAAAUCAUCUAAAGGGUCCGUUAAGUCCAAGGGGUCGGGGCCGCGAGGAUCGGAUGGUAAGGGCGGAAAAUCACCGAAGGCUUCCAAAGGCCCCAAACCAUUCCCAAUGAAAGCUAAGGGUUUGGGAACACCAGAAUCGUCGCCCAAGUCCGGAAAAGGAGCUAAGAUGCCCAUGACAAUGAAGUUCAAAGGGAAACCCGCAGACCUCCCUUCCAAAUCGGAAGGACCGCCGAAAGGAGGAGCCAAGUCAAUGAAGGGGUCGCCGAUGAAGUUGAAGGGACCACCAGGCGCGUUCCCGGGGAAGCCGCAAGGCGGGUCACCCAAGGGAUCUCCCAAGGCGUUGACUAGCAUGAAGGGACCACCGACUACGAAGGGACCACCGGGUCUGAAAGGACCCAAGUCGCCGAAAGACGGUGAGGAAUCUGGAGGCAAACUGGGCUCCCCGAAGGGCGGAGCGGUGAAACCGAAGAUGUUGGGCCCCAAGAUGCUUAAGGGCCCUCCAGGCAAAGACCCUCUGACCGCGCCCGAUGCGUCGGCGGGCAAGCCCAAGACACUGGCUGCCAAGGCCACUGACUCCGGCGGUCUUCCGUCGCCGACAAAGACGCUUAUCAAAAAAACCCUCUCGAAGAAGGGGGGAGGGCCCGCCGGUCAGGAGGGAGCUCCACCGCCUGCGACGAAGCAGUUGCUAAGGCCGAUGGCGUCAAUGGAGGGCAAAAUGACCGACGAGUCGGGCGGGAAGUUCCUGGAUCCGUCGGCCGCGGCCAAGCCUGUGUUGGAGGCUCCUUCGCCGAAGCCGGCGGAGGACCUCUUUGCGAAGGCGUUUCCGGUGCUUUCGAUGGAGUCGAGCCUGGAGAGCAAGCCGCAGUUCCAGGGGCAGAUUCACCGGCUGAAGAAGUGCACCGCGGACAUGGUGGUGGGCGUCCGCAGCUCGGUGGAACCCUCGCCGAGGGGCCCGCUGCCUGCGUUGGACCUGAUUGGUGCAAAGGGCGAGGUGCUCGAGACGGUGCCGUUCUAUCUUGACUUGGAGGCGUACUUCGUGCGAGUGGCGGCCGUGGCUUCACACGUAUCGCGACGCGUGACUAAGGGCGAUCAGACGGUGGCGCCCCCGAUCACGAAGGUGGUGACGGCCCUUCGGGAGGCGGAGACUUCGAACGAGGCAGGAAGCGGCCUGCUGAUGCUGGGCACGCCCUUCGGGCUCUCGGGCACGGUCUUCGGCAGCAUCCCUACCAGCGGCCCAGCGGGCAUCGGUGGCUACGGCGCCGUGGGCGGCAAGGUCCCCGGCGGAGACACGUCCGUGCCUGCGGGCAACGCCGCACCCUUCAGCAGCGUCAUUGAGGGCCCGCAAGGCAUCAACCUUGCUGGGAUCCCCCCGCUGGGCGGCGGUCGGGUCGCGGGAGACGCCGCUGGGGCGGCCGGUCCGGGAGGCGCCUUCGGAGGAGCAAUGGGCGGGGGUCUCGGAGGCGGAAUGGGCGGUGGUAUGGGCGGCGGUGCGGGUGGUGGCAUGGGCGGUGGUAUGGGUGGUGGCAUGGGCGGUGGUAUGGGUGGUGGCAUGGGCGGUGGUAUGGCUGGUGGAAUGGGCGGCGGUAUGGGCGGCCAGGCUGGGCCCAUGUCGUUUACUGGAGGUGCCUUCGGUGGUCUGGAGGAGGGAGUUCGGUACGCUGAUUAA